CGAAGCUCUGCCGCCUGCGCAACCAUCAGGGUGUCUCGAGGCAGAGGGUGCGUACGUAACGCUCGAUCUCUGAUGACGUCGUUCUUACAUAUGCAUUAGACCAAAACUUGCGGAGAGGCACCAGGUGACCAUGAGUUGGGGCGAAUCCCACUUGAGAAUGCAGCAUCCCGAUACUCCUUUUUAUAUCGAGUUCUCCGCAAGCUGUUCACUUCUGAAUUGCAAGGUCUCAUUUCCCUAGCAUCCCGAGUAUCAUACUGUAGCUUGACCAUUCUCCGAGAACAGUAACCACAAUGAUUUCUCCGGAGCAAGUCGCCGAGAUGCUCUACCCGCAGGCCGCAUCCACCUCGCACCCGGGGCCGAUCCCCACGGUUGCCCCAACCCCGACCUACUACCAGGUGGCGCAUGAGGCGGGCCACCGCACGCUGUGGGUCAUCUUCGCGGCCAUGACGCUCGCGUCGGCCCUCUUCGCCCUCCUCUCGUGGAACGUGCCCGUGUCGAAGCGGCUCUACCACACCACGACGACGCUCGCGCUGCUCGUGUCGGCGCUGGCCUACUUCGCCAUGGCGUCGGGCCAGGCCACCAGCCUCAGCUGCCACGUGGUGCGCGACAGCCACAAGCACGUGCCCGACACGUUCCACGAGGUGUGCCGCCAGGUCUACUGGGGCCGCUACGUGCAGUGGGCGCUCACCACGCCGCUGGUGCUGCUGAACCUAUGCCUGCUGGGCGGCCUCAGCGGCGCCUACACCCUGAUGGCGCUCGCGGCCAACCUCAUCAUGGUGCUGACUGGCCUGUUCGCCGCCUUCGCCGCCGAGCACACCGCGCAGAAGUGGGGCUGGUUCGCCAUCUCGGCCCUGAGCUACCUGUUUGUCGUGUGGCAUGUCGCGCUGAACGGCAUGCGCUCCGUGUCGAAUAAGACCGCGCGCGUGAAGAAGCUGUGGGCGUCGCUGGCGACGUACGUGCUUGUCUUGUGGGCUGCGUAUCCGAUUGUCUGGGGUAUCACCACCCUUGCGCGCAGGACGAACGUCGACACCGAGAUCAUCAUCUUCGCCAUUCUGGACGCCCUGGCCCUGCCCGUCUUUGGUCUCUGGCUGCUGAUCAGCCACCGGGCCAUCGCGGAGACCAACCUCGACCUUGGAGGUUACUGGUCUCAGGGCGUGCCUGCUGAGGGCAGAAUCCGCAUCGGCGAAGAUGAGUAAUUGGUCUGCGGUCAUUGCCAAGCAGUGCGAGCUAAUGACUCAAGCUGCGGCUGAGUCACUGGCGCUCCAAAUGCAAAGGACGAUAAGGACGGGAUGAAGUUGGACACAAUGCAACAUGGUGGAGGGGGAUGAGAGUGGGAAGGCAGCUCAUGCAGAUUCGGAGUUCACCAAGGCAUCUCAGUGCUGGGUCUCUCUUGGAUAUUUGUCGGAUGCAUUCUUGGCGUUCAACUUUAUCACUGUGCUUGAUGUGUAUGAGGGGUAGGCGGAUCGGAACGAGAACGAAAGCACACCCAAGGAAGUCGGACAAGGAUAUGCUCGCUAACGACAGGAUAAAUGCUAUAGCUACUUAGGUACCUUACUCUCUGACCAACUGGUCUUCCAAUUGAAGAAAAUCAAAAA